UGCAGCCGGUGCGCCACCAACCAGAAAACCAGAGAGACCCACGUAACGUUCGGCUGGGUGUGCGGUGCGUGGCGUGGCGUUCCCAAGGCGUUCCAGCUGCGUUCAAAUUUGAAAUCACCGGUGCGGUGGCCUCGUGGGAGGCGGUGCCACGAUUUAUUAAUACGCAAACAAUUCCGUUUUCCCUUGCACGAGGGCUCCUUUUCUUUUCGCCGCUACCUGCGCAGCGCCACAUUCGCCUGCAUUUUCCAUGAGCCAGUCUUCCCCGCGUUUGCUCUCAUCGUAGGCCGCGACCGACGGACGCGGCGAGAGGAUAGAGACCAGGGGCGGCCGGGCGGACGGACAGAGCAACCAGCGCCGGCUGCCGGCUUAGCUAGCUCGCGGCGGAGCAUGCCGAGAUCCAGGGGGUCCGAGCUGCCGCAGCGAGCGUCGCCGCGGGCGCCGCUGCACCUCAAGACGACGGCCUGCUCGGAUGCGAAUGGCGCGCACCACCGUACAGUCGUCGACCGGAGCAGCCCCAAGCUCGCCGACCGCCACUCGCCGCGCAGCCCGCUGCAUGAGAAGAAGCGCGCGGGGACGCGGGUGGCUGAGCUGGAGACGAAGCUGGGCAAGGUGCAGGACGAGCUCAAGAAGCUGCGGGAGCAGCUCGCCACCGCCGAGGCCGCCAAGAAGGACGCGCAGGUCGCGCUCGAGGAGGCUAAGAAGCGCGUUGGCACCAAGGGGAGCCCCGCUUCCGCCGCCGCGGCGUCUCCGCGCUCCCCAUCUCCGGUUGCGGUCGAAACCCCCAAGAAGACUGAGCAGCAGCUGAAGGUGACGGAGCCGCCGGCCGAGGAGGAGAGCAGCAUAAACUCCCCCGCGACGGAUGUGUUCGAGGUCGUCCGGACCGAAUCGGGGGAUAAGGAGAACCAGAGCGCGGCCGGCGCCGAGGACGGCGAGGAGGUGAGCUGUGGCAUAAAGGCCGCUUUGGCUGAGAAGGAACUGGAGGAGGAAGAGACAAAGAAGAUGAUCGAAGAGGAGAGCAUUGACGCAACGGCCAUUGACUCCGGCGAGAAGGAGAACCCGGAGGUCGCGGAACUAAAGGCCAAGCUGAUGGCGAAGGACAUGGAGGUCGCCAUACUCACGGCCGACAAUGCCGAGCUCAAGAAGCAGGUUGGUGAAGCCGCGGAGGCGGCCAAGAAAGCUGAGGAGGAGGCGGCGGCGGCGGCGAGCCCCCGAGAGGCCCAGAUCUAG